AAAUAAUAGUGAUGGCGGGCUCCAUACUGGUACAGCUCAUGGCGCAGAUCCUACAAAUGUGUUGAUAGGAAAAGUUGAAAAUCGACGCGAUUUUCUGGAAAACGAAACAUUUUUAAAGGACAAACUACUUAGUAGUCGAUGUGUUGCUGAAAUAUGGCUGAGAUAAACACCAACAAAGUGAUUUCACAGGAUGAGCCCCCGUCGAAGAAGCUGAAAACUGUUAACGGAGAAGUUGGGGACAAUGAAGUAAAAUCAAUCAAGGACCUUCCUCAGGUGAAUGGUAUGAAGUGUAAUGCAAACGGUGAGAAACAAAGUGUGAAUGAUAAAAGAAAAGUAGUAAAAGAUGAUGUGAAGUUAGGAAGUAGUGACGAUGAUAAACCAAAGAUGAGUGAUGCUCACUCAGAGAAACCAAAGUCAGAUGAGGUAAAGAAUGAAGGAACCGAAACCAAAUCUAAAACAGAAUUGAACACAGAUAAAGAACAAUUAGAGAAACAAGGAAAUUCAUCGACAAAUUAUGAUGGUCCACCAGCAGAAAUGAGCGAAAACAAAGUUGUAUCAAAUUUGAGUCGAGAUGAUGAAUCAGGCAAAGGGAGUGAAGGUUCCAAAGAUGUUGAAGAUGUACUGGAGCAAGGGAAUGAGCUUCUGCGAGCAAGUGAGGAGGACUUGGAAUCAUCACCAAUGGAAAUGGAACAUGGUGAAGCUAUUGACGAGGGCUGCUCUUCCUUGGACACAUCCAUGAAUAGUUCUGUCCUCUCCAAGCUGCAGAAUGAUACAGACAUAGGUGGUAACACUGGCUCAGACCCCUCCCCCACCCCACUCUUUGACACCGUAGAUAUGAAGACAGAUUCAUCAGAUGUGGUAACAGGAAUGGAAUGGAAAGAUGGUGUUGCAUCCCUGGAAGGAAGUUCCCUCAAGUUUAAAAUGAACGAGUUUGGCAUGAUAGAACUGAUAAAUGAAGACGAAUCAAUAGCAACCAACGAUAAUAUACCUAGUACCAGCCAAACCGAUACUGUUAAAGUGAAAAUUGAGCAGCCAGACGACAUGUCCGGACUGUUAGUUUGUGAGCAAUGUGGUAAACAAGGGAAACUUCACGAAUUCUGUCGUUCGGGGCGUUUCUGUAGUCAGUCAUGUGUUGGAGCGUAUGCCAGCAAACAAGGACUGAUACGCAAAGAAAAUGACAAGAAAGCGCUGAUGUUGGAUACAAAGAAGAAAGAUGGCCGAAAGAAGAAGCUAAAGCUAGGUGAUAAGGGCAAAGUUCAUGGUGACUUAAAGAUGAAAUUACAAAUGAAAGGUACAGAUUGGGUCAAGGCAGCCGAGAAGCCAAAAGCAGGAAAGAAAAAAGGAUUUAUCUGGUCACAUUACUUAGAGCAAGAAAAAGCAAGAGCUGCGCCAGCUAGGCUAUUUAAAGAUCCAUUUCCCACGGGAAGGAACAAUUUCCGUGUUGGAAUGAAAUUAGAAGGAAUUGACCCCAAGCACCCAUCCAUGUUCUGUGUACUCUCUAUCAGCGAGGUUAGAGGUUAUAGGUUGCGUCUACACUUUGAUGGCUACUCAGAAUGUUAUGAUUUCUGGGUAAAUGCUGACUCCCCAGACAUUCAGCCUGCUGGCACUUGCGAGAAAACAGGACAUAAACUAUGCCCCCCAAAAGGCUUCUCGAGUGACAGCUUUGUUUGGAGCCAAUAUCUGAGAAUGAGCAAGGCACAAGCUCCACCCAAGAAUUAUUUUAAAAUUUAUGAAUCUGUGAGUUGUGUUAUCGGUUUCAAAAAAGGUAUGAAAUUGGAAGCAGUGGAUAAGAAGAACCCGUCAUUGAUAUGCGUUGCUACUGUAGCCGAUGUGAUGAACAAUCGCUUCCUCAUUCACUUUGAUGCAUGGGAGGAUAUGUACGAUUAUUGGUGCGAUGCAACGUCCCCUUAUAUCCAUCCUGUUGGCUGGUGUCAAGAGAAUGGCAAGAUAUUGUCACCUCCCAAUGACUACCCAGAUGUUGCAAAUUUUACGUGGGCAGAUUACCUGCAGAGGAAGAAGGCAGUUUCUGUCCCAGCAAGGGCUUUCAAACCUAGGGCACCAUUGGGCUUUCAAAUUGGCAUGAAGCUAGAAGUUGUUGAUAAACGUAAUCCAAGUCUGAUUCGAGCAGCAACCAUAGUAGAUGCAGAAAACCACCGUGUCAAAGUGCAUUUUGAUGGAUGGUCAGAUAUUUAUGACUACUGGGUAGAUGACGAUAGUCCUGACAUUCACCCGGCUGGUUGGUGUACUAAGACAGGUCAUCCGUUGCAACCGCCAAUUAGUCCAGCUGACCUCGUAGACAAAGAGAUUGGUUGCCCAACCCCAGGUUGUAAUGGUAUAGGCCACAUCAAAGGUGCUAAGUAUACUGGACAUCACAGUGCUUUCGGGUGUCCAUAUUCCACACUAAACAUGAACAAAGAGGGCGUCAUUCAGGAUCGUAUCACAUUGUCUGGAUUGAAAGCUGUUCCUGUUGAACUCACAAAGAAGGUUGUACUGGGAUCACCAGAAUUCAAGUGUCCAACAAAUGGCUGCGAUGGCUUAGGUCAUGUGACUGGUAAAUAUUCCUAUCACCACAAACUCUCAGGCUGUCCGAUGUCGCUUAACAAUACCACAAAGAUCAAAAGCCCAAGUCCACCACAAAGGGGGCGCCCUCCACUGUCGAAGAAGCUACCACGAGGUCGAAAAAGAUCAAAGAAAUCACUGGAUGGAGAACUAAGAGAAAAAGCUGAAAAAGAUGGCAACAAUUUACAUAACCAACUACACCAGUCUGUGUUCAUGUCAGCAAUGUCACCCCACCCUGUCAGGGAUUUACCCCUCUGUUGGGAACAGCAUACCAAGCUGUUGCCAGGUGUUUCGGAGAUCCCAACGAGUAUUGUCACCAAGUGGAACCAAAGCGAUGUGUCAGAAUUUGUCAGCAGGCUCCCAGGAUGCACGGAACAUGCAAAGAAGUUUGCAGAAGAGCAAAUCGAUGGAGAGGCAUUCCUACUCCUGACACAGACUGACUUAGUGAAGAUAAUGAACAUCAAGUUAGGCCCAGCUGUGAAGAUCUUUAAUGCUAUCCUCAUCCUGAAGAGCCAGGAGGAGCUAUGAGCCUGCUGAGCACCACCAGCAAAACUGGUUGCUUGUGAUUUAUUAUUGUCUCUAUAUCCAUCUGUCAGUGUAUAGGCUGCAUAAUGCAAUUGUCUGUGUUAUGUGCCAACUUUUUAAUCAGUAGUCUGUACUGCAGUUAUAGAUUUCAUGGGAUUGGAUAUGUUUUUAUUUUCAAAUUGUUUAAUAUGUUUUAAAAGUGAUAUUGAGUGAGAAAAAUCUAGCCACACUGACAUAUCUAAAUGUGAAGCAUGUUGGUGGGGAAUCUAGAAAGGUUUGCUCCCUAGAGAUCCCUCUCCUCCUGAAAGUUUCCUGGGCAAACUAUUUUCACUCAAGCAGUUAAAAAUCACAGCAUUUUCCAACUAGUGCCCCUAUAUUGUGUUGCCAUUAGCCCACCAUGUCAGUAAGCCUACAUAUGUAUCAUUCUAUCCAGUCUGGUUGUUUUGGACCUUUUAUAAACUCAUUAUGAAGCUUGGGAAACGAAGUUGUUUUAGUUGUAUUGCCUGGUACACAACACCAUUCUGCACCUUUAUUAUGUAGCAAGCUGUUGAUCAUAUAAUUCAGUAUUUUCUCAUAAUAUAUUUAUAAGCACAUAAUACUGUUAUAUGAAUACGCACAUAUUUACUUAAGAGUAAUACAAUAUAACAUUAUAUAUGCGUAUACUGUAUGCAUAUACUGCUGACAGAAUUGCACAAACAUGAAGAUAAUUAAUAGCAAUGUACAUCCAUGCUUUCAUACACAUACAUAUCCUUACCCCAGCAUACAAAUUAUGUGUGUAUAGAUACACAUAUAUUUUAUGUUUAAAAAGACCAUAAUGUAUAUGCACUAUAAUUUUUGUAUACAUAGAGUACAUUAAAUAUUUAUAUGUAUAUUAUACAGUAUAUAAGUAUAUUACAUACUGUAUAGUUAUAUUUCAAAGUAGCUAUCAUUAUUGUAAUAAGAACAUAUUGAAAUAUUAUUUCCUAAUUUUAAUAUAGUGUGUACAUUUAUCUCAAUGACUUAGAGCUAUCCUAUUUUCUAUCGCUUUUCAUGUUCUGAGCACUGUUUUAUGAGGAAUAGCCUACAUAUUGAUAUUUUCGAAUAGUAAAAAUUUAGGCCUACAUUACUUUUAAUGUGUCUCACAAAUGCUGUGUACAUUUACUGUACGUUCUGAGUCGGAACAUGUAGAAGAGGUUGCAUUGCUUCAGUCAAUCUUAGAAUGAAGUUUUCUGGAUGUUUACAUUUUAAAAGCAUUGAAAAAAUAUCAGCUUACCAAAAUGAUGAAGUUGAACUUGCAGGGAUGCACCUUUAAAUUGUAAGUGGUGCAUGAUGGGAUAGGUGAUUUAUAUAAUAAUGUCGUCACAAGUGAGUAUAUUGUACUAAUGUAUACCCAUAUGUUGCGUUGGCAGCGAAUUCUUGGUUUGUACAGAAUAAAUGUUCAAAUUGAAAGAUUCAAUACUUAA